AUGGUGCGAGCGUCCAACCGCCUGUUGGUGUCAGCCGUGCUGGCCGUCGGGGCCUUCACCCUGACGCGCCUCUGCUUCGUGGCGCCGCCGCCUGCCGUGCACCAGCCGUUGCGCCAGAGCCAGGUGGCGCUGCAGGCGCGUGGCGGCGGCGAGUACGACGUCAGCGACGCGGACAUUGAUGCCUUCUACAACUCCCUGCUGACGGGAUCGGGCGGUGACCCCCCCAAGGGCACCGUGCUGUCGGAGCUCAUCGUGAAGUUCUUCCACGGCGAUUUCACGCCCCAGGGCUUCAAGCGCUACUCUGGCCUGUGGAAGGGCCCUCCUCCUGGCAACAUCGGCAAGAAGGACAUUGCCAUCGGUGUUGAGAAGCUGAAGGAGCAGAUGGCCAACCCCAUGUUCGUGACCAAGGGCGGCGUGGGCUACGGUGUGGAUGAGACGCAGAAGGUGGUGGACGAUGGCAAGGGCUGGGUCUGGCUGGCAGCCGAGAUGAGCCCGGGAGGCCUCGCCGUGGAGCUCUUCAAGGCCGUGCCCUACGGCAAGCGUGCCGUGCUGGUGGCCAAGCAGAACAACGUGGCGGAGCUCUUCGACAAGGUGAAUUGGGAUACAGCCCUGGGGAACAUCGAGAAGACCUUCGGCGGGCCUCAGGUGUGGAGCGGCCUUGUGCCAACCAGUUUUCUGCCUAAAGGCGAUGCCUGGUCAGCCGUGCUGGCCGUCGGGGCCUUCACCCUGACGCGCCUCUGCUUCGUGGCGCCGCCGCCUGCCGUGCACCAGCCGUACCUCGGCUGGGCCGUUGGGGCAUGUGGAAGUCGGUCAGGGGGCUGGGUCAAGCUGGAUCCGGUACAGUUGCGCCAGAGCCACGUGGCGCUGCAGGCGCGUGGCGGCGGCGAGUACGACGUCAGCGACGCGGACAUUGAUGCCUUCUACAACUCCCUGCUGACGGGAUCGGGCGGUGACCCCCCCAAGGGCACGGUGCUGUCGGAGCUCAUCGUGAAGUUCUUCCACGGCGAUUUCACGCCCCAGGGCUUCAAGCGCUACUCUGGCCUGUGGAAGGGCCCUCCUCCUGGCAACAUCGGCAAGAAGGACAUUGCCAUCGGUGUUGAGAAGCUGAAGGAGCAGAUGGCCAACCCCAUGUUCGUGACCAAGGGCGGCGUGGGCUACGGUGUGGAUGAGACGCAGAAGGUGGUGGACGAUGGCAAGGGCUGGGUCUGGCUGGCAGCCGAGAUGAGCCCGGGAGGCCUCGCCGUGGAGCUCUUCAAGGCCGUGCCCUACGGCAAGCGUGCUGUGCUGGUGGCCAAGCAGAACAACGUGGCGGAGCUCUUCGACAAGGUGAAUUGGGAUACAGCCCUGGGGAACAUCGAGAAGACCUUCGGCGGGCCUCAGAUCAAGCAGCGCUGA